AUGAGUGCUGUUUGGCAUUUCUUCAAAAAAACCCAAAAAGCAGAUGAUUCUGCUCAAUGUCAAGUUUGCACGCGGUCUAUCAAGAACAAGGGAGGAAAUACGUCGAAUUUGAUGCAGCAUCUUCGAAGGUUCCAUCCUACCCAAUAUGCCGCGAUGACGCCACCAGGAAAAAAGGCAGGAGCGAGCCGACCGACGGCGAUGAACGAUAGCAGCGCCGUUUCGUCGGAAACGCAGCAGCCGACAGUAAAGAGCCUCUUCGCCAGCAGUGCGCCAUUGACACCUGGAAACAAGCGCCACGAAGCCAUUACUGACGCCAUUACCUACUUCCUGUGUAAAGACAACGUUCCCUUUAACAUAGUUAGCCGACCAGGAUUUAAAAAAAACUGUUGUCUGUUUAGAACCUCGUUACAACGUGCCAAACAAGACAACGUUUUCAAGAAACAAAACUGUUAAACUUUAUGACGCCACUAAAGAAGCGGUUAUGCGAGAUCUAAACAGCGUAGAUUUCUUCGCUUCCACAUCUGACAUGUGGUCUUCUCACGGAUUGACUCCAUAUAUGGGGUACACCUUGCAUUGGAUAGAUUUGGAGUGGAAUCUACAAUGUCGAAACCUUGGAACAAAAUUCGUGCCUGAAAACCACACUGCCGAACAACUGGGCAAAACAAUGAACGACAUACUUACGCAUUGGAAGCUGGACGCUGAGAAACAAAUCGCUAUAACAACGGAUAAUGGCACAAACAUAAAAAAAGCCUGUAAAGACAUUGAGUGGACAAACGUACCCUGUUUUGGUCAUAACCUCCACCUCGCAAUCACGAACACGUUAAACCAUAUCCCGAGGAUUGGCCGUGCAUUGGGUAUUUGCAAGAAGAUCGUGGCAGCAUUCGGAUUAAGCUGGAAGAGAAGAAGAGAUCUUACUGCCGCUCAAGUUCAGGAUGAACCGGGACAAAAGUUUAAGAAUUUGGCAUCGGUAAGUAAACGGAGUUUAUAUACAUAGAGGAAUAGAGAGUCAUGCAUGGCUAUAUAGUAUAUAAUUUGUAAUAACUGAUUAGUCUUUCAAUUUUUUUUCAUUUUGCAGAUGUGCCCAACUCGCUGGGGUUCAACUCAGCAUAUGGUAAGCAGGGUCCUGCGCAACAAGAAGGCCAUAAGAAGGGUUCUUGGUAACGACAAGGACACUUCCCAUUUGGUACCAAAGUGGGAAGACUUGGAGGUGUUGGAGUGCAUCAAUGCAGCACUUGGUCCACUCAAGGAGUUUAGCGAUAUCAUGUCCGCAAGCCAAUACGUGACCAUCAGCGCGUUGAAACCGAUUCUUCAUCGCCUGUCAACGACCGAGUUGGCCCCUCAGGCUGAUGAUUUACCACUGACCCGUGAAAUCAAGGAGAAUGUUUUGCGAAGGCUUAAAGCUUGUUAUGUCGCACAUUCGUUGAAGCUUUUGAUGAAUGUAACGUGUUUCUUGGAUCCAAGAUGUAAGACUGACUUUUUAGCAGCGGAUACGUACGACGACGACGUCGACGAGAACGAAUUACAACCACUUGAUGAAGUAAAGGAAGAGCUCUUGAAAAACGCCAUUUUUCUGGAGUUACCCGUUGAAGAUGAAGAUGUCCUGCCCGUGCCUGUUGCAAAGAAAGCCAAACUCAGUCUUGGAGCGUUGACGAGCCUCAAGAAAUCUGAGAAAACAUCGUCGUCACCCGCUGCAUCCCCGUCGCCCGCUGCAUCCCCGCGUAGCCGUCUAUCCAAAGAGAUUGACCGCUAUAUCUCGGCAUUCCCAGUGAUAGACGGAGAUGACGAUCCACUUCAAUGGUGGAAAUUAAAUGCAAAGGAACUACCGUUGCUCUGCCAGUUAUCGAGAAGGUAUCUUGCCAUCCAAGCAAGCAGUUCGCCGUCGGAGAGACUUUUCAGUAAAGCGGGGCAAGUUAGCACGCCGGCACAAGCACAACUUAAACCGGAGAAAGUUGACAAACUUGUGUUUCUGGCGGAGAACUUAUAG